UCAAGCCCAACUAAGUUAGCUAGUGUGUUUGUCAACUAUAUAUAUAUAUAUAUAUAUAUAUAUAUUCAAUUCUCAGCAUCAAUCAGAAGGGUCUUUCAUGAACUAACCAAAAUUUCAGGUUACAAAUUCUUUCAAAGUUAGCUAGCUAUCUUUAUAGGUAGAAAAAUCCACUUUUAUCAAUUGGAUUUAGUGAGAGAUUAAAGAAAAUUAAUGGAUAUAUACGAGCCACUCCAGCAAGUUAGCAUGUGGGGUGACAGCUUUAAAGUUGAAGGUGGUUUGAAUUCAAUUGCUUCACCAAUGUUACUGGUCAACACUACUACUAGCAUGGAGAACAAGUCUGAAUAUAUUCCUCAUGAACCAAGUGAGCCUUCUGAAGUCAAUCAAGAGACUACAAAUAAAGAUGUUAGUAAGGUGCUACGACGCCUCGCUCAAAAUCGAGAGGCUGCUCGGAAAAGUCGAUUGCGCAAAAAGGCUUAUGUUCAACAAUUAGAAACAAGUAGAUUGAAGCUUAUGCAAUUGGAGCUAGAGAUUGGAAGAGCAAGAAAACAGUUGCAGGGUAUGUGCACUGGCAAUGCAUUAGAUACCACUUUUAUGGGAUCACCAGAAACAAUAAAUCCAGUAGGGAUUGUUGCGUUUGAAAUUGAAUAUGGAAAUUGGGUUGACGAGAAUCAUAGGCGAAACGAAGAGCUCAGAAACGUAUUUCAAGCUAACGCGUCCGAAGUGCAGCUCGGUCAAGUUGUUCAGAAUGUAUUGAGCCAUUACACGGAUCUUUUCAGAUUGAAAGCUGAAGCUGCAAAAUCCGAUGUCCUCUAUUUAAUCUCUGGUGUGUGGAAACCGUCCGUAGAGCGCCUUUUCUUAUGGAUCGGAGGAGCCCGCCCCUCACAGCUUCUAAAUCUCAUUGUGCCGCAACUUGACCCUUUGACCGAACAACAACUUGCCAGCAUUAAAAAACUUCACCUAUCAUCUCAGCAAGCCGAAGAUGCUCUUUCACAAGGACUAGAGAAACUUCAGCAGAGUUUGGUUCAAGACAUGGCAGUUGAUCCUUUCAGUGCAACAAAUCAUGGAUUUCAAAUGGCUAUUGCUAUAACAAAAUUUGAGGCACUAGAAAGUUUUGUAAGUCAGGCAGAUCACCUUAGGCGGGAAACUCUGAUAUACAUGUCACGAAUCCUGUCUACACACCAAGCUGCUAGGGGUUUGAUUGCUCUUGGGGAAUACUUUCAUCGUCUUCGUACUCUUGGAUCUCGUUGGACUUCUCGUCCAUGUGACUCCGUGAUAUCGCCUAGGAUUACUCCUUAGAGGAAGAGGUUCAACAACAUAAUCUGCUAUGUGGUUUACAGAACAGUUGUUGGAAUUUUGGUUGAAUAUAUAUGAUAUGUGUAUAAACAAAACUUAAUGCUGUGUACGUAGCAACUAGCAAUAGGUUAAAUUAUGUGAUUUGAUGCUAUUUAGUUUAGAGUAUGGUUGUACAUAUUAUAUAUUGAAUGGAAAAGGAGUUCAUCUAUGUUUUAGUAUCUUUUGAAA